GGCCUUUCGACAGAAGCUAGCGCGCGGCACCAAGCGCUGAAGCCGCAGCAGAUCCGAACGGGCCCAAAAGUCAUCAACAGUUCAACUCCUCCCACGAGUUCCGGGAUCCCUGCCGGCGGCGAGCCGGCGAUGGCCGAUGACGUGCGCGAGCUCCUCCUCUCGACCACCGCCGACGCCGAUCCCUCCACCCCACUCUCCGCGCCCGACCUCCGCCUCCUCAUCGACCACCUACGCCACCGCUCCGACCGCCUGCACGCCUCCGCCCUCUCCUUCGCCUCCUCCAACCGCGAGCCGCUCGCCUCCGCGCUCCUCCGAGCCGCCAGCUCCGCGGCCUCGUCAGCGUCCCUCCAGUCCUCGCUCCAAUCGGCGCUCUCCCCGCUCUCCUCCUCCCCGGACCUGUCCGACCUCAGGUCCCUCUCUGAUCGCCUUGUAGCGGCCCGCCGCGAGCUCCGCGAGCGCCAGGAGCACCUCGCUGCCGCAUCCUCCGUGGCUUCCCUCUCUGCGCGGCUUCGCGCCGCUCGCGCCUCAGCCAACCCCCUUGAUGCUGCCGCUGCCGCCGCCGAGCUCAAGCCCCUCCUGGUGAACCCUGAGGGAUCUGGAUCCGGUGGGGACGAGCCAGUCGUGUUUGGGCUUCUUCGAGGCGAAUGGGAGCAGCUCGUCGACGAGCUGCAAGUAGGACUUUCGAAGAAUGUGGAGGAGUGCGUGGAGUUUGCACCCGAGGGAGGGAAGGUAGUGGUGAGGGCUGGACCGAGCGGCAGUUCAAGUGGAACGCCCGGUGUCGAGCUUCGUGUGGCGCUGCAGGCAUUGGAAAUAAUUGAUUCUCUAGACUAUGGGAUGGCAAAAGUUGCAGACCUGAUGGUAAAGCAUGUCUUUAUUCCAGCAAUCAGCAACAUAUCUGUCACAGUUUCUGUAGAAGUGCUUGAGAAAAGUGGCUCUACAUACCCAGUAUCAGUCUUGAGUAUAGUACCCUCAGAAGAACUACAGGGCUACAAAGAUGGGUCAGUCCUUUACUCAAGAGUAAUCGAUGUCAUCAAGUUUGCUCGCAAGUUCAUUUGUGUGGAAAAUAUCACAUGGAUGCAGUCCUUUGCAAAGUUAACCUGGUCAAGAAUUUCUGAUCUGGUUAUCACACAUUUUCUCUCCAAGGCUGUUCCAGAUGAGGCAUCCAAGCUGAUUGAGUUCCAAGAUGUUAUAAGGAGUACAACUGAAUUUGAGAAUACCCUUAGGGGUAUGAUGUUUAUAUCGCCUGACAGAAAAGAUGGCAAGUUAACCCAAUUUGUUGAUGAUGUUGAAGUUCAUUUUGCUGUAAGGAAGAGAAAUGAGAUAUUAGUGAAAGCAAGAUACAUUCUUGUACAAUAUGACUAUGAUAACCCUCUUUGCUUGCUAUUGCAGGCAUCAGAUGACCACAGAGAUUGUGUUGUUGAUUUACUUUUCCAGCCAGAGAAGUGUUUUAUAUCUAAAUCAGCACUUCACUUAAUGAAAUUGGUCCAUGGAGCCCUCAAGGAUGCUUGUUUGUCGUCCACAAGAGUCGCAAAGGAAUUUUGCUAUGCUGUCAGGGAUGCCUUGCUCUUGUAUAAGGCUAUUGUGCCAGUUCAGGUUUGUCUAGAGAAGCAACUCAAUAGUAUCAGUCCGGUGGCUGCCAUCAUUCACAAUGACUUCUACCAUUUGUCCCAAGAAAUUCUUGGUCUUGCAUUUGAGUACCGUGCAGAUUUUCCUAGUGAUCAACACAAACUAGUUGUUUUUGUGGAUUUAGCUCCAAUCUUCUCCCAGAUGGCAAAUAGUAUACUGAGAAGACAAAUACAGCUUGCAACAGCUAACUUAAGCGAGGCUAUAGAUGGCGCUGAUGGUUUUCAGAACACACACCAAUCUCAGCAUUGUGAAUCAGCAAAAUUUAGUAUUGAGCAGGUGGUGUUCAUUUUAGAGAAGAUACACAUUAUGUGGGAAUCAGUACUGCCUAGGUCAAUUUACAGGAGAAGUAUGUUUCAUGUCCUUGGACCCGUCUUUGCUAGAAUUACAAAGGAUAUGCUUCUGAUAGAUGACAUGGCAGCAGAAGAGACCUUACAGCUGCAAGGCCUUAUACAUUUGGCUCUUGAAAACCUCUCCUCACUAUUUCUGUCCCUGAUUGAGACCGAUGACGAUGAGAAGUUCUUGGAUCAUCAUACCUGGGUCCAGCUGGAUGAGAGUAUACCAUCUUUGAAGAAAUUCCGAAAAUUAGCAGAGUUGCUUGAUAUGUCAUUGAAGUCCAUCACAGCUGCAUGGGAAAACGGGGAGCUAGCUAACUGUGGUUUCACAUCAUCUGAGGUGCGGAAUUUCAUCAAAGCAAUUUUCGCCGAUUCGCCUCUUCGGAAGGAGUGCUUAGGCUGGAUCGUCGCGGCUCCAGCUUAGGAUGCAGAGUGCUGUUGUUGAUUAGUUUGUGCCUUCAUCAUGGCUUUCUGUCCCCAUUGUAUUCUGUAGGCACCUUAACUGACUGUAUAUCAAUCGACAUAGGGUGCAGUUUGCACUGAAGCUGCAGGGCUUGCGGUUUGCUUUUAUAGAAGAAACAACCUGAUCACACAGCUCGAA